AUGGAGGAUAUUGGACGACUCACCAUGAUGACUUUGACAAAGGAGGAGUUGGAUGUGCUCAUACAAGCCCAAGCAACAAAAAUGGUGGAGCAACAGGCGCUGGUCGAGCGCCAGAUACAAGAGCCCGCGACUUCAGCAUUCUCUCGAGGGAUCUUGGAUGACCGUCUGCUAAAGCAUUACACUCUGCUGACGAUCGAGGAAUACAAUGGAAUGACUGAUCCGGAUGACCAUUUGGCCAAAUUUGUUAACACGACCACAUUUCAUCAGUAUACCGACGGGGUGAAGUAUCUGGUCUUCCUCAUGACCCUCUCCGGAUCAGCGCAACGAUGGUUCAAGAGAUUGCCGAACGGAUCAAUUCAUAGCUUCAAAGACUUUCGAGCAGCGUUCUUACAUCAAUUCGCCAGCAGCCGCCGUUACCAGAAGACGAGUGUUAACUUGUUCGCAUUGAAGCAAGGAACCAAGGAGGCAUUGACGACCUACAUCAAGUGCUUCAACCAAGUGUCCAUGGAUAUUCCAUCGGUCUCUUCUGAAAUAUUGGUGAACGCCUUCGCCCAGGGGUUCACCGAAGGAGAGUUCUUUAGCUCACUCAUCCGGAGGUCAUCAAAGGACUUUGACCAUCUACUUAGGAGGGCCACGGAGUACAAAAACGUGGAAAAGGCCCAAGCAGUAAAAAGAAAGGAGGCACCUGUCGAGCCCGUAGUUGCACCUGAGCGGCGACCACCUAGUAGCCAUCAACCACCCAAGGGGCCUGAAGCAGGAGAAGCACAGCAACACUAG